AAAAGCAAAAUAGAAAUUAUUAUACCAUAGACAUCAUAGGCACUUCACCAAAAAAGGAAAAAAUAUUAGCUAAUAAUACGACUACCUUUAAGACUGGUUCCAAUAUUCAGUACCCACUAUCGCGUCUCAGUCAAGAAGAGGCACUUUCAUAUAUUCUGCCAACCUUCAAAUAUUACCGUUUGCUUGCGAUUCAAAAAGCACUAUAUCAGUAG